AGAAACCACCACGCGUUUCUCGCAGCCGAGCACAUACAAACACUCCAUCAUCCACUGUGUCACCAAUCGUCACGGUCUCAGACUCGGAAAGAAAGCGUGGCGCCCAAGCACAGCAAAACCAGUUCCAUUCCAUUGCUCACAUCCCGCCACUUGUCCUCCCUCUGCCUCCCCGCCCUCUACGCUUUUCCUCUCAUCCUCUCAGCGAUUCAAGCCUGAAUUUUUGGCCUCUUAAGGCCUCAGUUCUUCUUGUCAAAUCAACAAGCUCAUCCUACUGUCUCUCUCUCUAAAGCUUUUGCUCUGAUAUUUUGACGCAUGAAACCUGCAAUUUUGCGUUCCGGGUAGUUUUCGAAUUUGAAAAUGAAUGCGAUAUGAAGGUCUUGUGAGGAAUUUUGGGUAGUUUUGAUUUUGUUUUUUUUGUGGGAUUAAAAUGUCUCAGAACUCUGAUACAAUGAGAGGAAUCCCACCUGGGAUUUUGCUGAUUAGAAGCAUUAGAGGCAAAGAUUGGAGUCUUUCUACAUAUAGAUAUGUGAUUUUGCUUGUUACUUUCAUAGCUUAUACAUGUUACCAUGCAUCUAGAAAGCCCAGUAGUAUAGUUAAAAGUGUUUUGUAUCCUGACCCCAAUAAAGGCAAUGGCUUGGACCCCUUGUUUGGCAAAGUCUUUGUCAAGAGAGAGUUUGGGGGCAAUGAGAAUUAUAGGAUAGACAAGGGUUGGGCUCCCUUCAACGGAACCGAUGGGACGUCGAAAUUGGGGGAGAUUGAUCUUGCAUUUCUUGCAUGUUACUCUUUGGGAAUGUAUGUUGCUGGGCAUUUGGGAGAUACUUUGGACCUCCGGUUGUUCUUGACGACCGGGAUGAUUGGGAGUGGCAUUUUUGUUGCCCUGUUUGGGAUGGGAUACUUUUGGAAUAUCCAUGUGUUUGGUUACUAUCUUGGGAUGCAAAUGAUUGCCGGGUUGUUCCAGGCAACGGGUUGGCCUUCGGUUGUUGCUGUGAUUGGUAAUUGGUUUGGAAAGGGUAAGAGGGGUUUGAUAAUGGGCAUAUGGAAUGCGCAUACUUCGGUUGGGAAUAUAAGUGGGUCACUUCUUGCUGCUAGUGUUCUGGAUUAUGGGUGGGGUUGGUGCUUUAUUGUUCCAGGUGUUUUUAUAGCAGUUGGAGGCGUAAUCGUUUUCUUCUUCUUGGCUGCUUAUCCUGAAGAUAUUGGAUUUUCUUUCCCGCCAAAUUCAGCUCCUAAUUUGGAGGCAACGGCCGAUGACGAAGAAGCUAAUAUAAAAAAAGGAUUUAUUGUCGAGGGUGAAACAAAAACUGUUCGCCGAAUUGGGUCUGUGAGUAGGACAAGUAUUGGACUUAUUCAAGCUUGUACAAUACCAGGAGUUAUACCUUUUGCGUUGUGCCUCUUCUUCUCAAAGCUUGUGGCCUACACAUUUCUGUACUGGCUACCAUUUUAUCUCAGUCAGACAGAAAUAGGGGGAGAGUAUGUUUCUGUGAAAUCUGCUGGAAAUCUCUCCACUUUGUUCGAUGUGGGAGGCAUAGUUGGUGGAAUCCUUGCUGGCUACAUAUCUGAUAAACUUAAUGCUCGAGCUACCACGGCAGCAGGCUUCAUGUCCUUUGCAAUUCCGGCAAUGCUUUUAUAUCGGAAAUAUGGCAGCAUUUCACACAAUGCCAACAUUGCACUUAUGAUGGUUGCUGGCUUGUUUAUUAAUGGGCCCUAUGCACUUAUCACCACUGCAGUUUCUGCAGACCUUGGUACGCACAGCUCCCUUAGAGGGGAUUCUCGAGCACUGGCAACAGUUACCGCCAUAAUUGAUGGUACAGGAUCAGUUGGUGCAGCUUUUGGCCCUCUUCUUACUGGUUUCCUUUCAACAAAGGGAUGGGAUGCAGUAUUUGUGAUGUUAAUGAUUUGUGCUCUUAUUGCGACGCUUCUUUUAUCACGUUUGGUUAUAGCUGAAAUUUCUGAGAAGAUGUGCAAACCAGUACCUGUAUCCAGUGAGCAAGGUUUUGGAGCUCCUGCAUCACAACCACUUCUAAGUGAUCAACGAUGAUACUAAAGUAGAGCCUCAAGAAGCUUCAUCAUAUGCUGGAAAUCGUGAAAAACAAUCUUAAUUACAUUGAUAAGUUCAAGCUCAGCAUGUAAGUGGCAUUUUGUGGUCUUCAAAAGCAAUUUUCUUUUGGACAUUCUGCAAAACGAAGCCAAAGCAUCAGUAUAGUAAAAAAUGAAUGCCUUCAGCUUUUUAGCAGUCAUUUUGGGGUUCAUUGACUGUAAUACAAGCAAACUAAUAAACGGUAUCAAGAUUUUCCCUAGUAUGGAUAAUCGCUCUCCCAAGUAGGUCCGUUGUCAUUGAGGGACCGGGUGAAUUGUGUUUACGGCUAUUGGUUAAGAUAUAAUUCUUUCUUUCUCGACUUCUUUUUCGUCUGACAAUUUUGAUUUACCGUCUCGAUCCAACUAGGUGGCACUGAUGCUGUUUAGUUUUCUGUCAAGAUUCAAAACAUUUAUGUUUGUAAGUUCACGACUUUGGUUUUAUAGCAAUCGACAUUUGCCCGAAUCGUAGUUUCAUUUCUUUGGUUCCAUAUUUGUUGAUAAUGUAGCUCUGUAGAGCUGCUGGGGAGAAGUUAGUGUAUAAAAUUUUGUUGUAAGUGUUACAUUUGCAGGAGUUGGAAACAAAAUGGAGCUAUUAAUAAUGUUUGUAUUUUGUAGUUUUUAUGUUUCGGUGAAAGGGUAUGAUUGCAUGCUGUAAAGUA